AUGUGCGCGCUGGCGCGGCACCCUGGGAAGGCUGAAAAACAGAGGGCUGAGCUCACGACCCCAUGUGAAGCAACAAGUGUCUGCUCCCAACCAUAUGUCGACUGGGACGACGCAUGGCCGUUGUUGAGGGACUUUUGCGAGCUCUCCGCCUUGGUGCUUUUCAUUCACGACCAGAGCGGAUCUAGAGUAUCCGGAAUCCGUAUUGGCCAAUGUGUUGGCUAUGAAAUGUGGUCAGUGGACGAUGCGCACCAGUGCCUUACCGACUGGUACGGGCCCCUUGCCAAGGACUAG